AGAGGUGCCUUUCCCUAAACUCGUGAGUGUGAUACUUGAGACUCCUUCUCUCUGUCAUUCUGACAAGAACACAAAGACAAGAUGUCCAAACCAGGCGGAUACAGCAGCCAGUCCGACACUCCCUCGGGUAACAAGCCCAAAAGCUACCCGAACGUCGCCACUAACAAGGACCUUCUAGAGCCCAACAACCCCAAGGUGGACCCGAAGGACCAGUCAGCCAAGAGCCAGGAGAAGGACCAGAUGGUUGGACUCAACGACAAGUUUAUAGCGUUCAUUGACAAGGUGCAAAACCUGGAGCAGCAGAACAAGGUCCUGGACACGCGUCUGAAGAUCCUGAAGGAGCAGGAGGACUACCAAGGCAACGUGGACGCUGUGGUCCAACAGCUGGCCAACGAGUUGCAGCAGCAGAUCCAGAAACUGGCCCGGGACAAACAGAAACUGAAGCAGGAGCUGGCCCGCUGCCAGGACGAAGUGGACCAGACACGCAACAAGUACCAGGAUGAGAUCCAGAAGAAGUCGGAUCUGGAGAAUGACUUUGUGAUCAACAAGAAGGAUGUGGAUAAGGGCCACCUGGCAGCCGUGGAUCUGGCUCUGGAACUGGAGGACCUGAUGGGAGAACUGGACUUCCUGAGGCGGGGCUAUGAGGAGGAGCUGAAGGAGCUGGAGUCUCAUAUUCAGAAUGAGACGGUGGUCGUGAAGGAGAGCAACAUGAGAUCUCUAGACAUGGACGAGAUCAUCGACAGCGUCAAGAAACAGUACGCGGACAUGGCCUCCCGUGCCAGAGAGGAGGCAGAGCUGUGGAACCAGAAAAAGAUGGAUGACAUAGUGCUGACAGCAGAGCAGUAUGAGCAGGAUGUACGCAAUGUGAAGAAGGAGAUUGCUGACAUGCUUCGUCUAAUACAGAGACUGAAGGCAGAGCUGGAGACCCUCAAGAAGCAGAAAAUAGUUGUUGAGAAGGACAUUGAGGAUGUGGAGGUGGAUGAGCAGAAUGCGUUGGAGCAGGCCAGGGAUAAUAUUGUUGCGCUGGAAGACGCUCUCCGCAGGGCCAAGCAGGACAUGGCCCGUCAGGUCAGGGAGUACCAGGAACUGAUGAACCUCAAACUGGCCCUGGACAUCGAGAUCGCCACCUACAGGAAGCUACUGGAGGGAGAGGAGAUUAGAAUGAAUGACCAUAUACGUCAUCAAGAUUACUAAAACAAACCGACCAAUCCCAGUUCUUGCUUACACGCAGACAUUGAUUUGCCUUCGAAGCCCCUCCUGACUCUGAAGCCCCUCCCAUUAGAUGCCGGUGGCCCCCCAACCAGCCCCAGGAAGCGUCUGCUGAUCAGAAUUGAGGUGGAGGCGGGAAGGGUCAUGUCCAAGAGCUUACACUACUCCGACAAUUAACCAAGCCCACCGUCACUCUGCUGUCGCUAUAGUAACACGGUGACGUUCCUCUUUCUCUGUCUCUUUUCCAUCUAAAAAACCUUGCUGAGUCUUUUGUUUUACGUUAAGGUCAUUGUUUAAUAAGCUACGGUGUUAAACUUACAAACUUUGUUUUCAACUGCAGUUCGAAGACCAUGUGCAACAGUAACAGGAGCUCUUACAAAAUGUGUCCUGUGCUCUUUUUCAUUAAGUUUGUGCUCUCUUGUGCUCGUGUGACUGGGAAGGCCAUGUCCUCCAAUGCUUGAAUGUCACUGAACCAGGUCCAAAAU